CUAUGGUGUGUCUUUAUAAAGACCGACAUGGGGCAUAUUCCUAAACGAGGCUGAGUUGGCAACACUCCUGCUUCAGGAAAAUGGUGGCUUUUUCAUUAGUCUUGAUUUAUCAACUAAUCAUAGCUACUCAAGCAGCUUUAGUUAUUGAUGUGCAACCCAGUAGAAUUAAGCCUGGACUGACUAAUAGCCUAGUGGUCAACUGCUCCAUCACUGACAACAAAGUCCCACAGAUGCUGCAAAUUUAUUCCCUAGUACUCUCCCGUGUGUCGCCCUCAAGAAACGACUCGUUCGAGGAACUUAUUAUUCUCAAUUACAAUGACAGGAAUAGUUCACUAAAAAGUAGCAACGUCCCUGAAGGAUCUAUCGGAAUCAACGGAGCAUCACACAUCAGUCUCACCUGGCCCAAUCCCAGCUACCGUGACGCCAGCAAGUACAGAUGUGAGGCUCGAGGUUUAAGCACCAACUUUAACAAGAUUUCCGCCACAGCUUACGCCAGUGUGGAGACGGAUGAGCCAUCUAUCAAAAGCGUUGUUGAUGAACUUCUUCUCCUCAGAAAAGAAACUUACUAUACUGUUAAUUCUCUUAAAGAAGUGAAGCAAAAAUACACCUCUCUAAACGAAGAUCUACAGAAAUCAGUUAACAAGCUUAGUACCGAGAAACAACUAUCUAAGAAUUCUCUAUUUCAUGCUUCUAAUCAGUCUCAAGGCAGAAGAUAUUAUCUAUCUAGAAGACAGUUUUCUAAUGAAGUCAAUCAAGCCGAAGCCACGUGUUUGUAUUAUGGCGGUUAUCUGGCAGAGAUCGACACCACAGACGAAUACACCUUUAUUGUUAAUUUCCUAAAAUUACUUUUAGCCAAUGAUUCCAGGAUUGAUUUUGUCCUUACCGGCCUUAUGGACCCAGAAAAUGAUGGAAUCUGGACCCACAUACAUAGUAAAAAAGACUCAAAGUUUCUGCCCUGGGCAAAAGAUGAGCCAAAAAAUCAGGUCAAUAAUAAUUGUCUGUGGUUAGAUAGAGGAAAUAAUUGGCUUUACAGAACCUUUCCUUGUUAUGUAACUGGUGAAAAUUUAAGGUUUCUGUGUGAAAUUCCAGAGGAAGCGCCAAUUGUUCCUAAGUAGUAACAGUAGAGCAUCUACUACCAUACAUUGAUUUAUUUUUUCCCUAUUAUUAAAAGUUAUUAUAAAAGGUUUAUUAUAAGUAUUUUGCUGAUUAAGGGAUUUUGUUAAAUGUCUACAAAGCUGAUAUCAACUCACCUAGUCUAUCAGUAUGUCUGGUAAAAUGUUAGUAUACGGUAUUUCUUCAACACCCAAUCUCGAAUCAAGCUGAAAUUUCGCACAAUUGUUUCUUUAAUAUGUGAACAGAAAAAUCAACAAAAAAAAAAUUAACCAAUUAAUAAUUGACUAUUUGUAAUUAAUUAUUUUCUUGUGUGUAUCUCAAACAAGGGAAAGAAAUUUUCAUUGACUAAUAAAGUGGUAUAAGUUGAA